UCUUGUUCUCUCAUUUUGCAAAGUCCGACAGCUGAACUUGUGGUACCCACUCGCCGGAAACUCAUCUUUGCUCUGUCCUCCCAGUCUUAUCAUCAGCAGUACAACAUUUACACAAGAAAACCAGCAGCAACCAUGAAUGACGCCGCCGUCUCGUUUGCAAAGGACUUUUUGGCAGGUGGAGUUGCUGCAGCCAUAUCUAAAACUACUGUAGCGCCCAUUGAGCGGGUGAAACUGCUUCUCCAGGUCCAACAUGUCAGCAAGCAGAUCACUGCCGACCAGCAGUACAAGGGCAUCAUGGACUGCAUCGUACGCAUCCCCAAAGAGCAGGGCUUCGUCUCCUUCUGGCGCGGCAACCUGGCCAACGUCAUCCGCUACUUCCCCACCCAGGCCCUCAACUUUGCCUUCAAGGACAAAUACAAGCAGGUCUUCCUGGGCGGCGUGGACAAGCACACCCAGUUCUGGCGCUACUUCGCCGGGAACCUGGCGUCCGGCGGGGCGGCGGGAGCCACCUCCCUCUGCUUCGUCUACCCGCUGGACUUCGCCCGUACCCGGCUGGCGGCCGACGUGGGCAAGGCGGGCGCCACCCGGGAGUUCUCCGGGCUGGCCAACUGCUUGGGGCAGAUCACCAAGUCGGACGGCAUCAAGGGCUUGUACCAGGGCUUUGGCGUCUCCGUGCAGGGCAUCAUCAUCUACAGGGCCGCCUACUUCGGCGUGUACGACACGGCCAAAGGCAUGCUUCCUGAUCCUAAGAACACCCAUAUUAUGGUCAGCUGGGCUAUUGCCCAAUCAGUGACCACCGUGGCGGGAAUAGUGUCCUACCCCUUCGACACGGUCAGGCGACGCAUGAUGAUGCAGUCCGGACGCAAAGGCGCCGACAUCAUGUACACGUCCACCCUGGACUGCUGGACCAAGAUCGCCCGGGAGGAGGGAAGCAAGGCCUUCUUCAAAGGAGCGCUGUCCAACGUGUUGCGAGGCAUGGGCGGGGCCUUCGUGCUGGUGCUGUACGACGAGUUCAAGAAGUACGUCUGAGCUGAGACGCCCCCCCCCCCACCCCAUUAACCGUCGUCCUCCUCCUCCCUCUUCAUCCUCUGAGCGUGGCCGGACUGUUUACAGGCAGUGGUGUGGGUCACUGGUGUCAUUUAAGCUCUAAUCGCUGUCAGCUCUUCCCCCGAGCCGUCCUGCAUGGGUGUGUUCAAACUUAGUUGCGGGGAAGUCAGACAGACAAUAAAUGCAGAGAAACCAAACCAAUCACUGAGUAUUUAAACCCAGUAGGGUUUAAAUAGUCAAGGUGUUCCUUGUUUUGCACAAAAUGUUGAUCCUAGUUAUUAAAUGGACCUAUCUGUGUUACUGUAUGGUAUGUAGCCCAUUUCAGAAGUGGAUCAUUUGUACCAGUGUUUUCCAAUGGUGAGUUUGGCCGGUUUUGGCAUAUCGUGCAAUGUUAGUGUAUCUCCUUUCCAUUGGCUUCAAAAAUGUUCAUGUCGUUCAUUGCAGGCCAAGGCACGUUUAAAAAAGGCUGAGUGUUUCCAAUGUUGGUUAGAUAAUGCAGAGCUGUUAAAUUGAUGGCUAUGGAUGUGUUACAGCAAUCAUUUGACAACUUAAAGAGUUGGAGUUAGCAGAAUUAGGAUUGAUGUUGCCAGCUUUCGGGGGUUGGAAAAAACGAAAUCCAUUCAGCUGGUUUAAACAGUCUCUUAUAAUAAUGGCCUAUGUACAAUAACAGUCCUUAAUUCCUAACAGAUACAGAUACAUCUCUCGCCAGUCCGUUUUUGGGCAGUUCAAUAAAAAAGAGAAAGACAAACAUCUUAUGGGAAUCUGAGAAUAUCUCCUGCCAGAAGUAAUAGCUAUUUUGUGUGACACUGAAAGUGUCUCCAUACUCUUCAUUUCGUGUCCCUCCCUUAAGUAUUUUCCUAGAAGGGUAAUGAGGGUGGUCAUAUUAUUCAUGCCAUUUUCUUGUCAGUCUCGUCUUGGGCUUUUUUUGACAUCAAGCAUAUUUCCAUGGCCCAGACAUCAUGGAGGGAGGGGGAGAGACAGAGUAGGAAAGAGAGGGAGGAUGAGUUAACAACUAUGGAUCCGUGUGUGAAGCACAUACAUUUUACUCUAAAGGCAACGCACCAACUGCAUACUCCGAGAGAGGCUAUAUGUCAGCAAUAUGUCUACCCUACACUGGAUGAAUAGUUGAAUAGAAUGUCUGUAUUGAUUCAAUAAAACUCAAUACCUCUUAAUCAUGGCAUUAUUGAAAAUUAUU